CGUCUGGUCGAUCACCCGCCGCCCCACCAUGGAGUCCCAGCUGAACGAGCUGCUCGGCUUCCUCCGCGACCGCAACCCGUCCGUGCGCCAGAUCGCGCUCUCCCACCUGCUCCCCCAUACGCCCCAGGGCGCCCCCCACCGAUCGAUCUUCACCCCCGCCGCGAUCCAGAACCUCAAGCUCCUCUGCCGCGACCAGCUCGCCGUCGCGCACGAUGCCUUCCGCGCCCUCGUCAACCUCAGCGACGAUGCGAAGGCCGCGAACCUGCUCAAUGAGCCGUCCUUUCUCGCUUUCCUGGCGGCGUAUACAUGCGCGCGGCAGGCGACGCUCGCCGACUUGUCCGCCAUGCUGCUCAGUAAUCUCACCGCGGGAGCCGCUGCAUGCGCUGCGAUGACCACCCUCGAGAUCCCCGUCCUCCCAGACGCCUCCGUCCCCAAAGACGCCCCACCUAGCGCCGCCCUCUUCCCCACCGACGCCCGCUGCGGCAGCUGCCCUGCCCCCGUACCCUAUCCCCACGGCGAGCCCCGCCGCGUCCGCGCCCUCGCCCUCCUCCUCGACGCCUUCGUCCAAGGCGCCCAGCUCUCCGGAACCGACGACCUCGACAAGCGCCCGCGCAAGUCCGCCCUCCACUUCCUCGCGAACGUCUUCGCCAACCUCUCCGCCACCGCCGCCGGCCGGCGCUUCUUCCUCACGCCCACGCCGCGCGGCGUGGUCGAUGGCCCGCUGGAGUUCCCCCUAGCCAAGUUGACGCCGUUCACGGAGCAUGCGGAUCGGAUACGCCGCGCGGGGGUGGCGAGCACGAUCAAGAAUUGUGCGUUCGCGCUGCCGGCGCAUAAGGCGAUGUUGAGUCCGGAGACGGAGCAGGUUCCGGCGCCGCGGUUGACGAAGGAGGAUCCGCCGUCUACUGUGACGGCGCCGGGGAUUGACGUGCUCGUUCCCUUGUUACUGCCUCUAGCGGGGCCGGAGGAGAUAGACUUGGAAGAUAUGGAGAAACUUCCCAUCGCGCUUCAAAUGUUACCAGAGACGAAGAAGAGGGAACCGGACGCCACCAUCCGCCACACCAUCGCCGAGACGCUCCUCCUGUUGUGCUCCACCCGCUGGAGCCGCGAGAAGCUAAGGAACUCAGGCGUGUACGAGGUCAUCAGGGCCGCGCAUCUGGCGGAGAAAGAUGAGGGGAUCCACGAAACCAUUGAGCGCCUCGUGAACAUGCUUAAGCGCCCGGAGGCGAAGGGCGCGUACAUCGAGGACGAGGAGGAGCUCGUAAACGCGGUGGAGGGGAUCGAGCUGGACUCGAAAGCAGCAUCGGUCUCCGCGCCCGCCGACGUCGAGGAGGAAGACGCGUCGGGGAUCGAACCGCUCGGCUUUGGUUCGCCUUCUCCUGCAAAUGAUGCGCAUGCGCCUGCUCCCGCGAUCGAUGCCAACGGGGCUGCGAAGGCGCCGGCCCCUCCGACCUCGACGAACGACACCUCUGCACCCGUGCCACAAAAGUUUCCCGCCGCAAAACCUGCGCCGAAACCAGCGCCUCUACCCGUAGACGAGGACGACGUGAUAGAGGAGAUAUAGAUGGUAGGCAGCGAAUGAGCAGGGAGUACGCAGCAGAGAGAAAUGGUCUUCGGCGUAGCUAGAGAUGCCCAAUCGGUGCUCAUUCGAAGAGCCUGACUAGCACUCACGUAUGUGUCCCGCCACUUACUUUUGACUUACUUAUCCGAGUAUGUACUUUACCUUGUAUCUUUGCCCAUCACCUGUACUAUCUCUUUUUGUAAGAGAGUCCUGCACGUCGAUGAACUGACGGCAUUAUUGG